AUGCCGGAAACAAUCGAUUCGGAAGUUACAGUCGAAAAAACACCAGCUUAUUUUGUGAGUAAAACAGCUCCUGCACGAGUGCAUAGCUUCAAUUCAACGAUCAAGCUGAUUGUUGUCGUCCGAAAUCCGAUCACAAGAGCAAUAUCAGACUAUACGCAAACAAUUAGCAAAAAGCGACGGAGCGCAAUUUUCCCAAGCUUUGAGGAAAUGGUACUCGGCAACAGUUCAACAAAUGCAAUUGGUAUGAAGGAUGGCGUGAAUGCAUCGUGGGGGGCUAUCAGAAUUGGAAUUUAUCACAAGCAUAUCAGAAAAUGGCUGCAGUAUUUUCCACUUCAUCAGAUUCACUUUGUUGACGGCGAACGACUAAUAACAAAUCCGGCAAUGGAAAUUCGAGCUGUCGAACGGUUUCUUUCUAUAAAACCCGGUAAAGAUUCGUUUUUAAGCAGGUUUUUUGCAUUUGUUCAAACUGAAAAUGCAUUAAUUUGA